GUUGGGACUUUCCGGAUACGUCACUAGGGGCUUCCGAGUUUCUAAAGCUAGCGUUCCCUCUGCGUUAAUGUUGUCAGACGCGGUAAACGCCACUGUGUCGUUCCGGGCCACGCACAGAAGACACCAUGGAAACGUUGACGGCUCCGAACGAAGCCGAGCUGUUUGGAUUUUGAGGAGCGGUUGUCAGAAGCGAUAGUCAGUGCGACAGCCGGAAUGUCAACAACGCGGCCCCUCCUCGGAAUGAGGCGAGUCACCGAGCUAACGUGCUCGGAGCAGCCGAGCAGCAGGCUCCCUGCGCCCGCCGGCAGACAGCAACACGAGCCCCCCACCGUGGACGAGUUCACGGUCCUGGAGGACAAAGAAGACGAGCUGAAAUGCGCUAAACCUCGAGUGGAGCAGGUUUUUAAAGUAACGUUCACUAUUAUAGGUUUACUGGACCACACAGGACAGCAGCACGGCAGCAAAACAUCACGGCAGAUAUGGCUGCAGCUGAAAGGCAACAGAGACGACGUCUCCAAGGCAAAGGAGUAUGUUCGAGGACUGUGUGACCCAGAACUGCACAAACAGGAGCGCUACCCAGUAGACAUGCACUGUAUCUUUGCUGGUGCCCGAGGGCUCUUUCUGGACAGACUCAUUCGGGAUACAAGUGCUGAGGUUCUGGUGCUAGAACCGGGUCGUCUGCGGUUGCUGGGACAGGCUGAACCUGUAGUAAUGGCCCAGAGUAGAGUUCAGCAGUUUGUAGCACUAUUCCAGGAGAAGAGAAGUCUACCAAGCGACAGAGAGCCAGCAGUGAAGAGAGCCUUCAAGUCUUUUGUAGAAGAAAGAGCUGACAAGUUUACUAUGGAGCUUCUACUGCUGCCCAGUGCACUGAAGGAAGAGUUGCUGGGACUGGCCCACAGCCCCACUGGCAUAAACGCCUCAUCCCUGGUUCACCCCAACCACGCACUGCACCCAAGCAUAGAGGUGGACCAGGAUCGCUCGCAAAAUAGCACUCCUGUGACAGAGCUCUCCAACCGUAUUCUGGACACCAGCUUUGAAGAAAAGGGGACCACAACCGCACCUGUUAGUGGAGGUGGUAAAGCAACAGGUGGCGGGAUCGGCUUAGGUCCUGACGUCAUCCUGCUCAACGGCACUCGGCCCUCACACAAACGUCGUUCAUCCGAGAGCGAAACUCGUAAUACAAAAAGACAAUAUUCUCUGGAGAGGAGGGACGAAUCACCAGACAGAGACAGAGAGAGACAGAGGGACAGAGAGGUCCAGGGUGGUGGUAGUGACUGUAGAUCCAAAACCCCCUCUGCAUCAGCAUCCCUCUCCUCCUCAGCGAAGGCCAACACAGUCGAUCCGCAUAUGCUGGACUCUAAUGAGGGAUUGUCAGAUGAAGGUGAGGCUGUCAGUCCAGAAACCAACCUUCGCUGCCUGGUCAACUUCUUUAGGACCAUGGGUUACCAGAAGGAGGUGGUGGAGCGUGUCGUCAAGGAGACGGGACAAACGGAAGAUACAUUCCUCAUUCUGGAGAAGAUUGUUGAGGAAACUAGGCAUUAUGAAGAUGGGCUGAAAGCAGUAGAAAAAAGACAAUUGGAUUUUGUGCAGUCUCCUGACGCUUCCUCGUCAUCCUCCUCUGCAGUCUCUCGGUUUCGAGAGAAGGACCUUAACAGAACACUUGUAGACUCAGUCAGGUCCAAAGAGAGCAUUAAGACAAAUCAGCAUGGAGGCAGCACCAACGGUCUGGGACACCGAAGGCAGUGCAGCGGCAGCGAGGCCACCACUCAGCAGACUUUCCCCAUUAAGAGAAGCUCCAGUGCUCAGGGUGGUGCAGUAAAUUACGACGUUAUUACCAUUGACGACGAUGAUGAUGACGUCACCCCUUCAGAAACCAAAACGGCAGAAAGUAGGACUUCCCAUGCAAUGAAGAUGACACAUCCUGACGUGUUUGGGUCCAGAACAGACUACUUGGCGCGGGGAGGGAGCAGCGUUUCAUCCAAGGACUACCUGUCGAGGGGAGGGACUCAGACUUUAGGAGCAUCAGUUAAAGUGGAGACCGUGACAGCGCUGCGCAGCACACCUCAGUGGUUGACUGCCACCACCACCACGCUGGCAUCAACCCCCACUUCUGCUCAGCCUGUCAUACGCACCUCUGCCUCACCCUAUCAAACCAUUGCUCACACCGGUGCAGUCAGACCUGCAAAUGAUCCUCCAAUACCCCUGGUCACUGGCUUGACUCGCUUCCAUCAGUCGCUGAGAACUCCCUACACUCUGAAGCUGCCGAACGAACCUGGGUGUCCAGAGCUCAGACACAUCAUCAUAGAUGGCAGUAACGUGGCUAUGGCUCAUGGCCUUCAUCGAUUCUUCUCCUGUCGAGGCAUCGCACUGGCUGUUGAGACAUUUUGGAAACGGGGUCACAGGGAAAUCACAGUAUUUGUCCCUCAGUGGCGUCAAAAGAGAGACCGGCUCACAACAGAGCAACAUUUUUUAAAUCAACUGGAAGAUCUGAGGCUCCUCUCCUUCACUCCCUCCAGAGAGGUCUGUGGACAGAGGAUUUCCUCCCAUGACGACAGAUUCCUGCUUCAUCUCGCAGAAAAAACGGAUGGGAUUAUUGUAACCAAUGACAAUCUGAGAGACUUUGUUGAUACAUCUGACACCUGGAGGAAGAUCAUCCAAGAGAGGUUGCUUCAGUUCACUUUUGUGGAGGACCACUUUAUGAUCCCUGAUGACCCCCUGGGAAAAAAUGGACCUCACAUCGACAUCUUCCUGCGUAAAGAUAACAGGAGAUCUCCAAUCACUCCUCCUCCUCUGAGACCCUCAGACCUCCAGUCGUCUUCCCAGCAGCAACCAGUUUAUGUCCAGGCCCUCCACACUGCUCCUCGGGUCUCUGCCUCCACACCCCGGCCUCCUCCCUCCUUGAUUCCCCACUCUGGGCCCUGGGUCCACUCUGGUCCCCCUGAAUGGCACCCUCCCCGACGUUCCCCUCCUCCUUCACCCUCUCCCCCUCCUCAGCGGUCUCCAGGGGAGACGUCGGAGUUAAAGAGAAGGCUCUACGACAUCUUCCCAGACCAGAAGCAGCGGAUUGACCGCAUCCUCAGUGACAACCCAUAUAUGAGAGACUUGAACGCCUUGUCUGGGUUGUUGCUGGGAUGAGGAACUGCCACAGCUGUGUGAAUACAAAAAUAAAUGUGGUAUAUGUGACAGCAUAAAUAUAAUUUAUUUCACCAUAUCUUCCAGCCUGGAGGAUUUUUUUGGAUGAUGAUGAUGAUUAUUGCUGUUUUACACAAAUACUGAUUAUCAAACCAGCUGCUACUGGCAAAAAUUAUUAUUGGGAUGUUUUUUUCCUCCAUUUAAAAUAAGUGAACAUCACUAGUGUCUUUAGAAACAAAAGUAUUAAUAAAAAUCAUUUGUUGCUUAAAGCAGUCUAUACUUCUCAGUUGACAAAAGAUUAAGAUUCCCUGAACUUUGUAGCAGCACCAGAAAAUAAAUGUACAAACCGGUACCUGAAAUUGUUCCAGCUCUUCCAGUGUGUUGGUGGCUCCAGCUCAACACCUAAUUCAUUUUUACAAUCCUUGAUUACCUUCAACCUCCUCAAAGAGACAAUCUCAUGAACAGGACAUUUUCAGGCUUUUGCAUGGCUUCACAUUGCAAACAUACCGUGUGAUAUAUACAAUUGUGUUUUCUUAAACAGAGAAUUUCAGUGAACAGUCUCAGCAUUACGCAGUUAUAACACCAGCACGGCAACGAUGCAAACAUUAACAUUCCCUGUGGAGUUUCUAACCUGCUGACCAACACGUGAACAUGUGAUGUGCAGCCUAACCAGUGGUUUCAGCAGUGCUUGCUAGUAGCAGUGGCGGUUUUAAAAUGCAUUAAAAAACACAGUUUGAAUGUAAACAUAACUUUGAUUUGUUGAUAUCAAACUCCAGAGGGACUGUUUCCCAGUGCACUUGAUUAGUUGUACAAUGAUAAAAAGAUACAAAAUACAAAGAUCUUUUAUUGUUGCAUCAUCACACUCACAUUUAGAUUUAGUUUUAACAGUAUGAUGCUACAUAUUAUUAGAUGUUGCAUUGUGCACUUUUGUUUCACUAUGACUUAUAUUCCAAUGCUGAUCUGAUCCAUUACUGAAACCGAAGCAGCUCGUCUGUUACACUACAGCAGCCUAAACAUUCGUUGUUUAAAGUUUAUUCCUAAUAACUUGUAAAAAUAUUUCUUGUUAUGAGAAAUUGACCAAAUUUUUUUUGUCCGUUUGAGCACAAUAUUUCUUUUCAAAUGGUCUUUACACCACCCAGUACCCUGGCAGAAACCAGUUGAGGCCUUUAUACCCUACAAACAAAUAAGUCUGUUUAUCAAUGACUGAGCUGUGACAUGAUCAGACGUGACCUUUGCUUGCUCUGUGUUGUUUCCCAAACUGUUGUUUUUUUAAGCUGUGGAAACCCAGCUGCUGAAACAGAAUUCAUUGUUCUUAUGGUUUAUGACUACGCACCUUGGAUGACCCGUUCCAAGAACCAGUUGAAACAGUUCGAUAUUAAACACUGUUUUUGGGAGAAUACACUAGUUCUAAAAUCAACACGUUUUGUUGUGAGACACUUUGUGUUCUUGGCCAACACAUGCCGCUUUAUUGGCAGUUGGAUGAAAAACACUACAAGAGUUCAGAUUUAUCUUUGUUUAAUAUUAAAUUCGAACUGUGCCACAUAAAAUACCCUUGCUCACCAAAAUAAGUCUUACAGACACUGAAUUAUUUGAGUUAUUUGUAAAAAGUAUUUAAAAGCUCACCUUUAUGCACUGAUGAGGACUCAUGCUGUAGUGAGUGAAAUACAGUUUCAUUGAUGAAUUUCCAGAAAGCUUGUAGUGUUUUUCUAACGUCACAGAGAAUGUGGACUGCAUCAGAGUUUUGUAAUAUACAGACACUUUAAAUCUCUGCACAAAAACUUUACAAGGUGUCAAAAUCAUUUUGGUUUCCAUUUGCUUUGUUGUUGUUGCUGUAAGUCUUAUCAAAGGACUUUUGUUGUAUUAUAUGUUCUUGUGUACAGAAUGUUCAUUUCGUUCUAUAAAUACAAGCCUUUCUUGCCCAUGGUGCACACAUGUUUUUAUGUACGUGAUAAAUAAAUACAGCAGUCCCUUGAACCUUUA